UUGUUCGAGGCGCACGCGCGCGGGGAGGAGGUGGUUUCAUUAGCAAGAUGGCGUCAAGCGGCCUGCGCCAAGCUGCGGUUGCAGCCGGCACCUCCGUGAAGCCUGUUUUCAGUCGGGACAUGAACGAAGCCAAGCGGAGGGUGCGCGAGCUCUACCGCGCCUGGUAUCGGGAGGUGCCGCACACUGGUGAGAGGCAGCAGCGCACGCGGGGCCCCAUAGGCAGCUGCCCAAGGUCUCACCGGCCCGAGCUGAGGUCAUCUGCCUGGGGGAAGGCGACCCUGGUGCUUCCGGGGACGCUAAGGGUACCCCGAGGCCAGGUGAGCUUAUUCCAGCUAGACAUCCCUGUGAAACAGGGACGCGAUAAAGUCCGAGAAAUGUUCAUGAAGAAUGCCCAUGUCACGGACCCAAGGGUAGUUGAUCUUCUGGUGAUCAAGGGAAAGAUGGAACUGGAGGAAACAAUUAAAGUGUGGAAGCAGCGGACUCACGUUAUGCGGUUCUUCCAUGAAACAGAAGCACCAAGGCCAAAGGAUUUCCUGUCCAAGUUCUAUGCUGGCCAUGACCCGUAAAGAUACCUGGUGGGAAUCUGCAUGUUAUUUAUUUUAGAGCACAAAUAAAUUCACAGUAUGUCGUGAUAGAAUUCCA